UCUCUUAAAAAAACAAAUACAGAAAACAAAAUGGUUGAUAUAUACUAGCACAGCAGCAUAUAGUAGUGUGGAAAGAAGGACGACCGAUCGAAAGGAGAGAGAGAGAGGAGAGAGAAAAGUAUGACAAGGAUCGAUGCGAAAGAAAUCAGACAACAACCUCCUUAGCCUCCCUCCAUAUCCUCCUCUCCACUUCUCCUUCUCCUUUGCCAUGAGUUCUAUGCUAGGCCAGCAAGAACCAUAGCAACCAAGAGCAAGCAACAGCUAGUGGCAGCUACCACACUCGAGAAAGAAGAGGCCGGCCGGGGAGGAAGCUUGCUUCUUGUCGAUUCCUUUUGCUGUGUGUUGUUUCAGAUCAAUUUGCAGCCACACACACUCACACGUAUGAGAUAGGGGAUAUAGAGAAGAUCGACAGCGAGCCCUUCUAGUCCAAUCCAGAAACAAGGGCUACCAAAAGGGAAAAGAUUCCCUUGUUCUUCAGCGGCUUCUCAGGGACAAAUCUGGAGGCGGCGAUGGCAUCCAAUUCAUCAGCGGCGGCUGUGGCAGCUAUGUUUGGAAUUAGGGAUGCCGACCACCAAGACCAGAUGAAGCCGCUGCUUGCGCAGCAGCACCAGCAGCUGCUUCCUCCUGCGCCACUGCUCAGCGCCGCCGCUUCGUCGUCGGCGGUGUCCGGCCAGGCGACAGGGGCAUCACCGCCGCCAGUGAAGAAGAAGAGAAACCUACCAGCAGACCCUGACGCGGAGGUGAUCGCGCUGUCGCCCAAGACGCUGCUGGCGACGAACCGGUUCGUGUGCGAGGUGUGCAACAAGGGGUUCCAGCGUGAGCAGAACCUGCAGCUGCACCGGCGCGGCCACAACCUGCCGUGGAAGCUGAAGCAGAAGGACCCCGCGCAGGCGCAGCGGCGGCGCGUGUACCUGUGCCCGGAGCCGACGUGCGCGCACCACGACCCGUCCCGCGCCCUCGGCGACCUCACCGGGAUCAAGAAGCACUUCUGCCGCAAGCACGGCGAGAAGAAGUGGAAGUGCGACAAGUGCUCCAAGCGCUACGCCGUGCAGUCCGACUGGAAGGCGCACUCCAAGGUCUGCGGCACACGCGAGUAUCGCUGCGACUGCGGCACACUCUUCUCGCGGAGGGAUAGCUUCAUCACCCACAGGGCUUUCUGCGACGCCCUCGCGCAGGAGAGCGCCCGGCUGCCGCCCCCAGGCCUCACCGCCAGCCACCUCUACGGCGCCACCAGCGCGGCCAACAUGGGGCUCAGCCUCUCGCAGGUCGGUUCCCACCUCGCAUCCACCCUCGGUGCGGACGCUCACAGCCACCAUCAGGACCUGCUCCGGCUCGGCGGCGGCAGCGCCGCGAGCCGUCUUGACCAUCUUCUGGGGCCAUCCAACGCCGCCUCCGCGUUCCGCCCCCUGCCGCCUCCACCGUCGUCGGCGUUCCUCAUGGGCGCGCCGCAGGAGUUUGCUGGCGACGGCGACGGCACUGGGUCCCACGGGUUCUUGCAGGGCAAGCCGUUCCACGGUCUCAUGCACCUGCCGGAUCUCCAAGGCAACGGCGCCGGGGGUCCCUCGGCGUCGUCGGCUCCGGGUCUCUUCAACCUUGGCUACAUCGCAAACAGUGCAAAUAGCUCAGGUACUUCCAGCCAUGGCCAUGCAAGCCAGGGACACCUGACAAGUGAUCAGUUCAGCGAAGGAGGUGGUGGUGGUGGUGGUGGCGGCGGCGGCGGCGGCGGCGGCUCGGAGUCAUCGGCUGCGAUGCUUUUCAGCGGCGGCGGGAAUUUCUCCGGUGGUGACCACCAAGUUGCUCCUGGCGGGAUGUACAACAACGAUCCGGCCGUGAUGCUGCCGCAGAUGUCUGCGACGGCGCUUCUGCAGAAGGCGUCCCAGAUGGGUUCCAGCGCGAGCGCGCAGGGCGGCGUGUCCGUGUUUGGAGGCCUCGUCGGCUCGUCGGCGCCCUCGGCUAUGCACGCCCGGCCACCCAUGCUCGACCAGAGCCAGAUGCACCUCCAGAGCUUGAUGAACUCGCUGGCUGCCGGCGGCAUGUUUGGCGGCGCCAACAGCGGCAGCAUGAUUGACCCGAGGAUGUAUGACAUGGAUCAAGAUGUGAAGUUUAACCAGCAGGGCGGCCGUGGUGGCGCUGAGAUGACGCGCGACUUCCUUGGCGUCGGUGGCGGUGGUGUCAUGAGGGGGAUGACGGUGCCGAGAGGGGGGCACCAAACAGACGGUGCCGCGGGUGACAUGAGCUCCUUGGAGGCCGAAAUGAAGUCAGCCUCGUCACCCUUCACUGGAAGCAGGAUGCAAUAAGAGAACCUUUGUGUUCGCAUAGUGAGCGAGUCCUGAGCAGCCUGCCAUGCUUUGCAUGCAUGGGCGUAUACUAAAUCCGUUACAGCAGGUUGUUAUAGUGUACACUGCACAAUGCAUGGGAGUAGUAUAAGAUUGCUGCAUUCCAUGCAAUGUUGCAAUAAAGGGUAAAGACAGGUCUGAACCUAAUCUGAAGACAUGCAUGGUGAGCAACGGGAGCUUCUUUGCUACUAAUCCAAGAGGCUAGAUCAAGUAGAAUCAUGUGAUCAUCUAAUUGGUGCAUGCUUGGUGGUGUAUUUAAUUCCUGUCAAACAUUUGUUUUUGUUGAACUAUAUGUAAUUGGGUAAAUUAUACCGGAGGAUAUAAUAUUAGCAGCAAUGCUGUAGCUAGCUAGGUUAGUAGUACUGGCUAUAUUAGGGGAGAUGAUAAGAAUUCAUGCCCCCAAAUUUCUUCUGUCUGUUGUUUUUCCUUUUACUGUACUUAUCGUACCCUUUAAUUUGGAGCAAAAAAAACAAUUUUUUGUUGCUUC